AUGCUGCCCUCAAACGUGCGCACACAGAUUCGCAGCCACCUCCCCUCACCCAUAGCGAUCCUGUCCCGGAACAAGAGCUAUCGGGAACUUCCCCACUCACCUUCUUCGCCCAUUGACCGCCGUUUCAGCACAGUCCGCCCCACCAGAUCACAUCGUUUCGCUCCACACUCUCCAACAUUCUACCUUGAAUCCAUAUGCGCCACAUGCGGGAAGGCCGACCCAGAGACAUCGACUAUACCCGUACCACCCUCGCCACGACGACACCCUUGUGCCGGCAUAUCCCCAGCAUGCCGCAAGCAGUGCACUUGUGCUGAGCGAGCAGCUGAGAAGUUGUUGAAGUCUCCCAAGCCGGUCAUUACGCGCGUGCAGCUUGAGCCCUGUGGAAAAUGCUCCGUCGGCAAUAGAGUACAGCGCGUUAUGAGUGCUGUGGUGAAGGCCACGAGCCCAGCGUUUGAUAAUUUGGCGAUCGGACGGCAGGGAAGGACGAAGGCGAUGAGUGUGCUGAUUUCGGCAAGUGUGAGGGGAAAGAACAAGGCCAGGGGUCGGACGAAGCUGCAGAAGAUGGAGGAGCAGGAAGAUAGGGAGAGUCUGCUGGACGAGGAGGCACGGAGGGCGAUGGUCGAGGAUUGA